AUGUCACUUACAUAUAACUUUAGUGGUAAAGUAGCCCUGGUGACCGGGUCGAGUUCAGGUAUAGGUGCGGCCACUGCCAUACUGUUUGCCAAAUCGGGUGCCAAUGUUGUGGUGACGGGACGUAAUGCCACAAAAGUGUCAGAAGUGGCCAAACAGUGUCUCAAUGUGUCUCAAAAAGGAUUGAAAACACUGGAAGUGGUGGCAGACGUUACCAGAAAUGAAGAUCUUGUAAGACUUGUGGACACAACUGUGCAAACAUUUGGCAAAAUAGAUAUUCUCGUGAAUAACGCGGGAAUCGCUAUUCCGGUCGGUAUUGGAGACAAGAAUUACGUGAAUAUCUAUCGUCAGAAUCUUCAGACAAACUUAGAUUCUGUGGUAUUUUUGACACAUAUAUGUCAUAUAGUUAUAUGGUCUGUGGGAUUGGCCUGGAUCACAUUCAGUUGUGCUAUUAAUGGAGCUGGGUAUUGUCAUCAAAAUAUUUAUUAG